GGUGUUUCGACGACGUCCACCGAAUCCGAGUGGAUGUGUUCUCGUCGUCCGCAGGGCUCCCCUAAGCGGUCAUUUUCGCCAAUUUCCUCUUUUUGCCGCUACCAAGCCCGGACCCGUUUGCGAUGAUCUUCCAACUUCAUAAAGUAUCCUCCUUCUUCUCUCCAUGUCUUUCCUUCUCCGGUCCUCAAAACCCUCUUGAAAACAUACCAUGGCCAUCUGCACUCCCUCUCAUACCCCUCCUUCUUAUACAAUGAACUCUACUCUAGCUCACCUCCCUAUUGAACUCCUGUCUACAUGGUCAGAGUGGCGGCCAAACAGAUCAGAGCUCCCGCCCACACCUCCCCACUCGACUAUGUCGCAGAAAAUUCACCGUGUUCUUCCCUCAGGGCAUUACUCUCAGACCACUCUGCCCUCUAUUGUGCACUUUGAUCGCCAGUUGCCGCGUCUGUCACCAAUCACACCCCCGCAGGUUGACGACUCCUCACAGUGGCACACGUAUGGUCAAGCUGAACUUAAGCUGCCUCCUAUACAGUCCACAGAGGUCUACUCACCGGCGUGCUCUAUGGACUACAAUGACGCGCCUCAAGUACAGUCGCCGCCCCCGCCACCACCAGCACUGGACUGGCUCGCUCCCUCUACACAGCGGUCCUUCAACUUCAUUGCUGAAAAGGUCUGCGAGAUGGUCUGCUACCUGUGGUUCUCUAGUCUUUCUCAGUCAUCGUCACGGUCGCCGCAGGCGUCGAAACGUUGUCGUCAGUCUGAAGAUUCUCCUACGUACUUCCCCAAGCCCAAUGCCUCUACUGCCCAUCUUCAGUUCGCUGUCUCUCCUGCCUUCGUCCGUUUCAUGCAAAAACUUUUGGAAACGACCCAAGUCUCGCAAUCUGUUAUUGUACUUUCACUACGCUAUAUAUACCGCUUGAAGGAGCGUAAUCGUUUCACCCAUGGACAGGGUGGUAGUGAAUAUCGAGUCGCUGUUGCCGCCCUCAUGCUUGCAAACAAGUUCGUUGACGACAAUACAUACACGAAUAAGACGUGGUCAGAGGUUUCCGGAAUUGCGCUUGAGGAGUUGAACAAGAUGGAACGCGAGUUCCUCAUGGGCAUCGAUUUCUCCCUUUACGUGGAUGAGGCUACAUACGAUUCGUGGCUGAAUCUCUUGAAGGGUCUUGUUAUGGCAAAGGAGAAAGAUUCCAGACAGUGGCAGCGGUCUCGAACGAGAGGUCGCGUUGCACGGCCGCGCUUGACUUCCUCGUAUCUCUCCAGUCGUGGUCGCUCGCACCAGCAAAGAGCGCGUUCAAUUUCACCAAGUCGAACGAGCGCGUCGUACACCUAUUCUGCUCCCCCUGCGCAUGCGGUACCUGCUUCGCGUCACCAAACCGAAUAUCCUACUCCUCCGCGCUCGGGCUCGAAACGUACCGCAAGCGACGCGUUUUCACCAACUUCCGCUUCUUUCCCUCCAAAUCCGCCACCGAGGCGAUCUAUGGGACUUUCUUUGCAGAUUCCCGAGCUGACGCACACUGCGCCAUCAACAGCGAGUUCAAUAUCUCCUUCAGAACCUCUCCAAUCAUUUUCCAAGCUUUCUUUGGGAACGUCCCCGAUCGUCGUUCGUCCGACCGCGCAGCGUGAUUACAGUCCGGCUCAUGUGACCCAUGCGGCGUAUCCGUCUGUCGUGGGGCAAGAUCAGGUUCCUCAGACACUUGUGACUGCAUACCGAGCGGAUGAUCGUCAUCCCUAUGGGGCGCCUCAGCAACUUUACUUCUAUUCCUUGGCCGGUUCCCCUAUGGAUGAGGAGGAGGACAGUAAGUUCCGUAAGGCGCGGCUGAGGUAUCAUCCCGCACCUACCCCUGCGACGUAUAUUCAAUAUGCCCCGCAACCGGCUAUGCCUAUGGUCGUACAAUCCGCGACGGCCAGUCCUCAUGAUAUGAAUUCAAAUCUCCCUCCCUCUCUACCUCAUUUCUCUGAAGGGUUUUGGCAUUGCACCCAACCCACUGCGCCACCACCACCUCCCUCCGCUCAGUCUCAAACCUAUCGAUACCCGACCCAACAGCCUCAGAGCCAAGGCUCUGUUCCUGCUGCGCCAUUUGCCAACGCAGGACCGCCCGGCAUUCAGUACUAUGCUAAUAACGUGCAACAGCACCUUACCCCCGAACAAUAUUGGCCUAGAGCCCGUCAAUUAUAAUGCAUAUCUGCCGCUAGUCCUCUUACUUUAUCACGUAUAUUCCUGCCUCACUCGCAACCUUUGUAUCUUAUCAUUACGUGAUUCCCUUGCAUUUUUUGUUUUCAAUGUUGCCUUUCUCCUGCAGAAUGGACCUUAGUCAUUCACGAGUCCCUACAUUCGCAUCAUCAUCAUGUUUUUUUCGCAUUUGCAUUACAAGUCGUACAGUAGUUUCUUCGCAAGCAUCCAUCAUCAACAUCAUUAGAACCGUUGUCACCUUUCAUAGCUGUAUUCAUAUGUCGUUAAAGUUCAACAUGUUCGUCUUUCGGGUCUCAUAAGAUGGCGUUACUAACAUUACAAAAAAUUCUGCGUGACAUCAGCGCAUAAAUU